GCAAGCACUCGAUAUCAUACCUUCGCCCCGAGUACUUGUUUAAAAAUACACAGAAAUAAUGUUGUUUUUAGUAUGUUGUCUGCUUGGAGUUUUUGGGGCUUGGGCGGAUAAUAUACAGGGAGAAUGUCCAACGAUCAAAAUUCAAGAAAAUUUGGAUUACACUAAGUUUUCAGGCAGCUGGUACAACGUGGCCAGCUACGCCAGCGAUGGUCGAUCGAUCUACGACUGCGCUACGCUGGACUUCCAGGAGGAUAAUCUGGGUUACACCCUGAAGGAGGCCUACGUGGUUGCUGAACUGGGGAACAGGACUCACAAGUCUUAUCUGGCUAGGGUUGAUCCCACCUUCGAUGCUGGAAACAGGGCGCAGUUCAUUGUCAGUUACGAGAAUGCUGAUAAAGUGCUGCAGUUCCCGUUCUUCAUACUAUCCACUGACUACGACAACUAUGCCAUCGCAUACACCUGCAAGACUUACAAGAAGAAGCCGAGAACCCAUUACGUUUUCUCCUGGGUCUUAUCAAGAAACAAGCAAAAGUUAGAAGGAGAAUCACUGAAAAAAGUAGAAGACGCUUUGUCAAAAUACACGGAGUUGGCCGAGCACAGACAGUCAUUUGUUUUUAAAGAAUUCUCAGACGCAGAAUGUCAGUUCUCGCAAAAAUUCGAGACAGAUUUCUUUACUAGUAAUUUUUGGUAAUCUUAUAAAUAUUAGGUAAGUUAAGGAUGACUCACGCUUGAACGGUCCGGGCCCGGGACGGAGAGGAGAAAAAGAAGUGUCUUUUUCUGUGACAGUGAUCACGUGAUGUUUCUAUAGAAAACUGAAGUUUCGAACGCCCCGGCCCGGGCCCGGACCGUUGUCAUAGCGUAAGUCAUCCUUUGGUCUUGCUUUAACGAUUGGCAAUGUUUUAAAUUAUAUUUUAACUAUAAAAUAUCAACUUGCGUAACCCGACUAAUGUGAUUAGUCGAAGAAGACUUGUCGGCUGAAGUGUCUUUUCCGAUGUUUUAAUUUUUAUACACUUAUUACAA